AUGGCGGAAAUAGUGGCUCGUCAGGAUACGGCGUGUGCACCCAGCACAGAUUGGUAUGUCUGCUCAGGUGGAUUCCGAGGCUGCUGCUCCGUUGAUCCAUGUGGCUCAGGGUGUCCAGAUUCGAAAGGUGACAAGUCGCCUUCGACGGAACCAGUGGACACUAAAGGGAAGAUAUCGGUGACAACGGUCACGGCGACGGCUACGUCGAAGACAAGCACGAAGACCACAAGAACGACGACGACAGAAGCGGCAACCACAACAGCGACAGUUAAGCCGACGACAACAACGGACAGCACUCUCACCAGCAGUGUUGAGACUGACCAAACGACUACCACGUCUGCUACCUCCAUGUCAGAAACUCCCGAUUCCCAACCUACCUCAAUCGGGACCACCUCGUCUUCCAGCCAAAGCCACGCCAACUCAAAAAUGAUUGGAGGCAUUGUCGGAGGCAUAAUUGGCCUGUUGUUGAUUCUAUGCAUCGUCGCAUUCCUGGUGUUCCGUUCGAGAAGAAAGCGAGGGAAGCGGUUCACCCUCCUUCACUGGAGAUGUCCUCGAGCAGAGUAUACAGAGAAAAGCGUCGAGGAUGGCAAUGCACCCAGCACGCAAGCCGCUCCAGUGCAAGCCCAAAACCAGCAAGCCCAAAACCAACAAGCCUCAACGGCCGUCCGCAAUAUCGUAACCGGUCCACCUAAUAAUCAGCCACAAACUAUACCAGAAGAGCAAUCACCAGACAUCUCGCCACUUCAAAGCAACCAAAAUAAUUCACCACGAACAAUCGCAUCUGUCUCCUCACCAUCAACAGUAAUAAAUCCUAGACGUACCAGGAAUUCAUGCUCCAAGUCUGCAAUCAUCGCCCCUCCCCCAGACGCUAUACACCCGGCCUUCCGCGAGACCGGACACCCUCCAACCGCACCAUACUUACCACCCACCACCAUCCCAGAAAUAACCACCAUAAGUACCACCACAAACACUCACCCGGACUCCACCCCCGAGCUCUUCGACACAGGCUUCUACCUCGGCCGCCUCGAACUCCCCGCCAGCUCCUCCCGUGAGCUCAUCAACAUCCCCUUCAACGAGCGCCAGCGCCAGCGUCAGCGCCAGGACGAACAGAAGCAGAUCUACCGCGCGGCAGGUCUGCCAUCCCCAAUAAUUACGCACGACGGAGCAAUCCUAUCAGCAAACUUCAACAGCGUCCCUGUUGAUCCUGAUUCGCAUGCAAUGAGCUUCAUGGAGUAUGACUCUGCGAGCGAACUGAAGCCGUCGACGCUGGCACCGCCCGGGUCACCACCACCAGUUUACCAUUCUGACCGGAGGAGGGGCUCGUUCCAAGUGAAAGAGAGGGUGAUGGAGAAGUUCCGGAGGAGGUCAAAAAUGACAUGA